UUUGCAAAGUCCAAAAACGGAGUCCAGUGAGAUACCCUCAUAUUCUGAUAGAAAGUUACAACUUCUUGAGGGCUCAACUCCCCUCAAACAUGUAGGAAACCUUGCGGUAUCCAUCGUAAAAACUAAGAAGCUUCAACUGAACCUCAAAUGUUGACUGAUCCAUACUCCUUGCUUACAAAAGAGGAAAUAACAAGACAGAUUGAAAGCGGGGGUCAAUCUGUCGCCGCUGUUCUCUGUUGUGUUGGUAAGGAGUUUCCACUCCACGAAUCAAGGACUGAUUUCAUUGAAGAUAUUGUCGGCCUUGUCGCACUUACUGGAAAUGCUUGGACCAGCAAGCUUAGCAAGCAGUGGUAGUUAGCAAAUCUCACCGGAGUUGGAGCGGUGACUAGAGCCGGGCUCGGAGAAGAAAAGGGGUUUAGAGAGGAGAGAGUGUAUUUAAGGAAUUAAAUGGUGGGAAAACUUGCUUAUGCCAAACCUGGGCCCUCCACAGGGGAGUUGGAUGGCAGUGAUCCUCAGAGGAGGCUAGCCUUGCUAGAGCCUAUUUUACCAUGUGGGGACACCCCACCAGGUUUUAUGGGGUAUGCAGUUAAUAUGGUUGACCUAGAUGAGCAUCAUGUUUACACGAGGACAAGUGCAAGUGAUGGUCUUAGGGAGACUUUGUUCUACCGACUCUUUGGUAAGCUUCAAGUUUACAGAAUCCGUCAAGACGUGAUAAGAGGCUCAUGGUUGUACAAAGCAUUGUUCUAUAUCUCUAGAUGGCGAGAUUUUGAAAGAGAAUGGACUUAUUUGUCUUGGGCACUGGAAUCCGACAAUAUGUUUUCCAGUUGUUGGGCAGGUAGAUAUGCUUCCAUUUUCAGAAAGUACAGAAAAAUUGAACCAAAUUGAAGAAAAGAAAUCGAAGUUAGGUAAGCUCGUGUGCUUAAAAGAGAAACAUACUACAGCUCUUGAGAAAGCUUUGAAGAAGUUUAAUAAGAAAAAAGAAAAGUAUAAGGAACAUAUGUUUGAAAUCAGUCCAAAAUUGAGAGACUAUUACUUGGUAUAUGGAAAUCCAAAGGAAGAAUAUUUGAGAAAUCUCUCCUAGAUGAUUAGUUCAUCCGUUUUACCGCUGUAUAGUCAGAAAAUGUAUAUACAUUUGUUGAUAUCCAUAGUACCAUAGCAUAGGAGGGAAAAUUUACAAUUGUAAAUGCCAUGUAACUGACAGAUUAACUCAGUGGAAUUUAAGAGUUUAUGCUAUAGAAAUCAUAGAUCAACUCCAAUCCCUCUUAAGAGUUUAUGCCAUAGAAAUUACAGAUUAUAGAUUACAGCAAAGUGAAUCACUUGGG